CACGCCGCGCCGUAUUUAUCACACAUGAUGAAGAGGUCAGUGAUCACAUCGCAUGGCAAGUAAGCAAGGAGGUUUUGAGGAGCACAAGAACUAUUAGGAAUACAUAUACACCACAGUUCCAUCAGGCUGACCACAAACCAGGAGCUGCAUACAUGUUUUUAAAAACAUUAAAGUACAGGUUUGUCUGUGAAUAACAGGUAUUUAUCCCAUCUUUAUAUUUCUUAUUAAGUAGCAAUUAGUAGAAACAUGACGAGUCAAUCGGGUGAAGAGCCAAGCCGCGUAGGAAAGUUCUGCUCUGAAUUGAAUAUAGAUACAAAGGUUUUGGAGAAAGGGUUAUCUGGCGGGGCUGAAGGGUGGGUUAAACUCAAUCAUUUGAGGUUAGUUCGUGGGGUAGUUGGUGAAUUAGAUAAAUGGUGUAGAGACCAUAAAUACAGUGUCAAUGUACUUCCCAAUUUGAUAGCAACCCUGUUUGAUGUGGGUGAUGUAGAUACGGAUAACAAGGCGGUGAAAGUUAGGGUCCAGAGAGCAGUUGAUGCUGUUCGUAAAGCACAAAAAGCGAGGGGAAAGUCGAGGGAUGAAAAUCUUGAAGUCAUUGAGAGAACACUGUUCACAUUACCUCACACAAGCAGAGAACAGAGGCAAAUAGUAGAUGUAGCACUUCCUGCUGAGGCAGGAGAGGGGGAUGUCCCACCCAUACCUGAUAGGGAGCUUGUGGAGAUUCGUGCAGAGAGGGAUAGAUUAAGGGAUAGUCUUGACAGUAUUCGACUUGAGAAAGAUAAGAUAUUUCAGGAAUUGUGCAACUCUAAACAAAAAUUAACUUCUGAAAUUGCUAGGACACGAGUACUAAAAACCUGUCAGAAGAGAAAUGCUAAGAAAAUUAAAGAUCUGGAGGAGAAAGUAUAUACUCUUGUAAGAGAGAAAAUAAAGACUAAAAAUAGAAGACGUCGAAAUGCUAGGGCUAAGAAGAAACAAGCUGUGCUGAAACAAAGGGUGGUGGAACAAAGCGUGGUGGGACAAAACGUGGGGGGACAGUUAGAAGCUGAGCUGAAGACGUACAAAGCCAAUUUGAAAGCUGCUCGAGAAGAGAUAAAAGAAAUGAAGAAAAAUGAAGGGGAAUUGGAAGCAAAAUACAGGAAUAUAGUUAAGCUUAACAAAAUUCUAGAACAGAAGAGAGCGACUGAGAAGAACAGGUUACUCAGUAAACACAGAUACGCUAGGAAAGUAAGCCUUAAGAAGGUAAGAGAUAAGAUCGAAAAAGAGAGGGAGCAACAAAGGCUGGCAUUGAAGAAGUCACGGGAGGAAACCAGGGGGCUCAAGAAACGAAUUAGAGAGGAAAACUUGUUUACACUAGAAGAAGAGAAUCCAAAGAAGAGAUUAAAAGCAGGGAGGAAAUAUAACGCUAACAUACGGAGUGUCUACCUUGAUUUGCUAAAUAACUAUGGCGUUAGUUCCAGAAAUUGUGAAGGGGUGGUCACAACAGUGCUUGAAAACUUGACAUCUAUGGAAAUCCCAAAUCUACCAAAGAAGUCCACAGCUCAAAAUUUGCUAUUGGAAGGGAGGAAAAUGGCCCAAAUUCAGGUAGCCGAAAGCUUAGCGCAGAAUGAUUUGACUUUGGGUAGUGAUGCAACUUCCAAAUUCGGCCAUCACUACACCUCUUUUGAUGUAUAUGAGGGUGAAGGGGGUUCUGGUUUGAUAAUGGGCAUGCGCGAGACAGAUGACGGUAAGGCUGACACCACAAUGCAAACACUAAAGACAAUUUUGCAAGAUGUUGUGGGGCAGCAGGAUGAAGAGGCGCAAAAUCAAGCUGUAAAUACUGUACUGGCCAACAUUAAGAACACAAUGAGUGACAGGCACAUUGUUAACAAGAAAUUCAAUGAACUCUUGAAAGAUUACAGGCAAUCCAUCCUCCCUAGCAUAGUUCAGGGAUGGAAGGGCAUGAGUGUGGGUGAAAGGGAUCAGUUUGCAUCCAUGAAUAAUUUCUUCUGUGGACUUCACUAUCUCGUGGGAUUAGCAGAGUAUGCAGGGAAAACACUUGGUGCUUGGGAAGGGAUGAUUUUCAAGGACAAAGAGGUGGGUGCUGCAGCUGGUAGUGAAAGUGGGAACAGUACUGAAAGUGGUACAGAACGCCUCAUUCGUACUGUAUGCAAAUCUGUGCAGGACCGUGCUUGCGAGAAGUCAGGAAAACCAUUACAAUUCAGGACAUUUCUCAAAUCAAAGGGCAUUUCAACAGUACCUCUUGCCCCUUUCAAGGGGAAUAGAUUCAACAUCCUCUUUCAUAAUGCCGCAGGUGUUGCUUACCUGCUACCAGAGUUGGUAGAAUUCUUUGAUAAACACAAAGAUGAUAAUGAACUCAUGAAAGGUGUUCAUGCUGAUCUUGGCAUCAAACAAUUCAUUGCAGGCGCCCGUGCGCUUGGUUUGAUUGACAAAGUGGUAACAGGCCCUUUGUGGCGAGCAAUUAAUGAGAAGGGGCAUAUAGCAGACAUGAAUGACCGAUACAGAGUUAUUCAUCAGGGUUUUUCAAGGUGGUCAGAUGAUAGCAGCCAAUUCAUGAGGGGUCAGGAUAUCUUGUUUGAUGACAUUGAUAUCAAGAAAGAUGAAAUCUAUCACUCACUGGUGCAAGUCAAUCCAGAGUUAGAUGAAAUGACAAAGCAGAUUCUAGAAUUGGUUUUCUUGACUUUUUGCCAGGUCACGGAAAAGAUGUUAGCGGAUCACUUGCCAUCCGGCUCACAUACUGCAAUGAAUGAGAAAAAGAAGAAGGAAACAGCCAGUGUACCGAAGACUAAUGUAGGUGUAGAACGAGACUUUGGAAUGCUUGAUAGAUUAAUGCGCUUAAAACCAGCUGCAAAUACAAUGGUGUAUGAGGGGGUCAUUAUGAAUGUUAGGAAUAGAACUAGGGAAUGGAGGAAGGGUCUCACCGAAAUGAAAAGGGAGGAGUACAUGGAGUAUUCCCGAAAGAGCGUAAAGGCACAGAGGGAGGAAUACGCGCGUAGAGUGAAGACCCUGUGGGCUAAUAGGGAAGCUAAACGAAAAAGUAAGAAGCAAAUAGCUCAAGAACGGGAGGAUAGAAACAAGGUUAGGACUGAAAAAGUGUACGCUAAUGUAAGGAGCAAAUGCGGCGGAAUCUGGCUAUCAGAGACUGAAUUAAAUUCUCAGUUGAAGGGGGUGGAUGACAAGCAUGCCAUUGAGAUGCUUCAAUCUCAGUUACAGGCUAGGAGACAUGUCUUUGGAGAAAAGAAUGUUGAUGGUAAUCUUAACAUCUCUGCUAAGGGUAGAAAGAAGGGUUUGUCAGAACUAAAACAGUCCCUAAAAAGUAUAUUAAAGACAGCCAAUGACAGGAUUAUUAAUGUAGAAGAACAGGAAGAAAUCGACUAUACUAACGCUGUAGCACCCACUGAAAAGGUAGAAGAGUUCAGGGAAAAGACACGGGAGAAAAUGGCAAAAGAAAAGGCUCGAGCAGUGAAAGGCAAGGACUUAGAAUAUGAUAACUUAGUGGGGAAGAUAGUUGAGCAUCUAACAAGUAGUGAAGAUGGCAGUGAGGAAGGGUGGUACCGGGCAAUAGUCACUGGAAAAUCCAAAAGAGGCCUAAGCCUUAGCUAUGACAUGAACCCACGGAUGAUCAUUACCCAUCCAAAGAGAGACAUAGAACAAGAUCUAGAGAACGGGGAUCUCAAGAUUGUAGAUUUAAACAUUGAGGAUGUAGUAGGGAUGGAAGUUAUGCAUCAAUUCGAGGUCGGAGAUGACAAGAUGUGGUAUAGAGGGUUCAUAUCAUCUGUCACUGGCCCCAAUGAAUGCCUCAUCGAGUACGACUAUUUAGAAGAUGAAAAUGAAGAGGAUAGUGACAUAAUAGAUAGUACCUGGGUCGGGCCAGUUUUAGAACAUUAUCGUAAUAAUAACCUCAGGUUUGUUAGAGCAUAGAAGGUGUAGGCCUAAAGCAAGCGUAGGGCUAGGAUGGCAGUUAGUUUGAGAAUGUGGGUGAAGUAUGAUAGUAAUCUACUAUGCUAGAAAAAUUUGAUAGAAUCCCCUUCUACUCUUUUUUUAUUACGCGUUGGUAUCCUUUUUGUGUUAAUUCGCUUUCUUUGAUUUUCUUAAUUUGAUGAUGAAUACCGUCACAGGGCCAGAUAGCCUAUUGUAAUUAUAUUUCACCUGAAAAUUACUAUAUGAUGGAACUUAGUGAAUACUCAAAUGGGUUUGUUUUGUAGGAACGCAACUUUACAAUGAGAAGAAAAGUCAAUUUCUGUGAUAAUACAAUUGAAACAAACCUUGUGAUACAUUGUCCCAUAUUUAAUAAGUAAAUUGUGUCUAUCACAAGAUCCUAUGUAGUGCCUCCAGCAUCCUCUUGAAAUUCAUUUUCAUCCCGCAUCACUGAUUGCUGCCUUGCUCCCUCUCGAGUGUGGAUGCUCUUCCUCUCUGUCAUGUUAGUGGAUUUUUACCCUCAAUAAAUACAAUGGUGAUUAUGACUUAUUAAAAAAUAUCUAGUUACAACCACAUACUGGGUUACUUGAACACCCACAAUUUACAAAUGACUCAAGAAUUAGCGAAUAGCCAUCAAAUAAAGUUUAGAUAAACUUUAUUUCAAAUAAAAAUGAAAGAAUACAUAUCAAAAUUAGAGAAUGGCCUUUACAAAACAGAGCCCUGUUGGGUACAUCAGUGUACAUCAAUAGAAUUUCACAUUAUUAAUGAUAAAUUACAACACAAGUUCUCUCUCUCUCUUGAGCAAAAAGUUAGACAUUUGUCUUUAAAUUGGAAGUACAAAAUUGAUAUUAUAUGUUGCGGGUGUUCUUUAUCUAAGGAAAUUGUUGAAUCUUGCUGCAAUGUAAUCUAAAUGUCUCUUAAAAACAGUCACUAGUAGUAUCUUAGAAGAAAGUUUCGAGAAUCUUGAAGGACUAGCUCUUGAGAACGACUGCAGAUAUUAACCGUACAGUUCUUCUCCGUAGAAAUAAUGCUUCGAUGAACUGAAGACAUCUAUUCAAUGCAAUGCAUUAAGUGUAUGUGCGCUCCAUGCAUGAUGAGCGACAGCAAGGUAACAAUGUCACAAUUGCUUAUGAAGGGUAACUUUGCUAAGUUUGUAAAUAAAGUGAAAUCAGAAGUAGUGAUAAGCAAACAGACCUAUAAACUGUUCCAAAUAGCCUUGAAUUACACAUUGUACAGCCUUAGGUAAUAAUAUUAAUAUUGAAUGGCUCUUUCUUCAGGUAACAUCAAAUAUAUUGCCCC